AUGGGAGAAAAUAAUAACGAAAAUAUUGGAGAUGAAUUUAUAAUUCAAAAUAAACGGAAAACAUUAUCAACAUCAACAUCAAUAAAAAGAGAAACACAACAACAAGUUCCCCCAAUUUUUGAAUUAUUACUUAAUUCAGACGAAUCUUCGAGUGCUUCUUUACGUUCGGCUACAGUUUGGGGAGAAGAAAGAUGUAUUGUUAGGUGUGCAAUUGGAGAAGAAUCUAGAAGGGCUUUUAUUCCGAGUACUUUACUUUUACAUAAAAAUGGAAAGAAAGUUGGGAUAAUUGAAGAAGAAAGUGGUGGAAGUAUUGCUUAUGAAUUUAUUCCUUGGGAAGAAGAAAAUAAAAAAUUAAAUAAUAAACAAAAUAUCAACAAAAAGCCAAUUCUCUUCCAUUGUUCUGCUGAAAUAUUCCCUGAUGAAGCUAAAUUAUUAAGAAAAGGAAGAAGACAUUUUCCCCAAAUAACAAAUAAAAAUCAAAUAUAUCAAAGAACAUUAAAGAUGACACCAAAAAUUGGAACAAUUCCUUGUGAAAAUAAUUAUAAUAACAAAUGUAAAAAUGGGGGGUUAUGUUUGGAAAUGAAUAAUAAUGGAAGUAAAUUUUGUUUAUGUCCCGAGAAAUAUGGCGGACGUUAUUGCGAGCAAUGGCUUGGAAAUGGAGUUUUUUUUAAAUCAACAUUUUUGCCAAUUUCAACAAUUUGUUUAACUUCUCUGAUUGCAUUUCUUUUAUUAAUUAUAAUUAUUUUAAGUUUGUUUUUAAUAAAAGAAAAAAGAAAAUUAUCAAAGAGAAGAAAAAAUAUUAUAAAAUUUGAAGAAAAUGGAAAAAUUGAGAAUAAUUCUAUAAAUUUAAACGAAAAGGUAGAGGAGGAAAAUGAAAGCACACCUCUUGAAUAUUUUUAUAACAAAGAAGAUGAUCCAUUUGACAACAAAUCUUUGACUAUUAAAGAAAAUAAUAUAACCAAUCAACAAAAAAAUAAUUAUUUAUUACCAUUAUCCCCAAUACCUUCAAUUGCAAGUCCAUCACUUUCACGAAUUCCACGUUUAUAUUCUACUCCACAAAUAAAAAGGACAACAAAAGAAAUUGAAAAGGAAGAAAUUGACUUUGAAGAGGAAAAACAUUCAAAUAGCAGCAACAAUCAAUCUUCAGAAAGUGGAGGAGAAUAUGAUAAUUUACAAAAGCUUUGCGAAGAAAUUCAAAAACAAAAAAAUGUUCUUGAGACGAAAAGAAUGGAAUGUAAACAAAAUAAUAAUGGUGGAAGUGCUUAUAUGAAUUUAAUUUUGUUGGGAAAUGGAGAAAAUAAAAAUUAAUUUU